ACCUGGACGAAGUCGUACUUGGCAUUCGCUCUUGAACUCCCUUUACAAACACCAGCAAGUGGCCCCUGGUUCGUCGAGGUCGACUACCUGCCCGACACAUCCCGCAGCGAGACGAGCCCAGAGGCACCAUGAACAUCGCCGUUGCAGAAUCCCUAUCGCUUGAUUCAGUGGAGUACGAUCCGAUCGCGCACCUGAACCUGCUUUUCUCGCACCCGUCCACCGUCCCCUCCGUCGCGCGCGUCUCUUCGACCAUUCAGCGUCAUAAAGAUGGCCUCUCCCGCUCGAUUACGGCCCUCGAGACCACCCAGGCCUACGGGCCCGAUUCGUCGCUGGAGCGCAUGCAGUCGGCCCAGGCCGAGCUGGCCUCCCUCUUUCAGCGCAUCGAGAGCGUGCGCAGUCGUGCCCUACAGACCGAGCGAGACAUCACGACCAUGACGGCCGACAUCAAGCGCCUCGAUGGCACCAAGCGCAACCUCACCCUCAGCAUGACCGCCUUGAAACGGCUGCAGAUGUUGACCACGGCCUACGAGCAGCUGCGCGGCCUCUCCCGGACUCGCCAGUACCGCGAAUGCGCCGGCCUCCUGCAGGCCGUCCUGCAGUUGAUGCGCCACUUCAACAGCUACCGCAGCAUUGAGCAGAUUGCCGUGCUGAGCCGAAACGUCAGCGACCUGCAGCGUGAGCUGCUCGAGCAAGUCUGCGAGGAUUUCGAGAUGGCCUUUGCGAAGGGGGAGGUGGCCGCCCGUCGCGGCGUCCUGGUCGAAGCCUGUCUGGUCAUGGAUGCCCUCGGUGAUCACGCCAAGACGAGGUUGGUGACGUGGUACGUCAACACGGAGCUCCGGGAGUAUCGCCAAGUCUUCCGGGGCAACGACGAGGCAGGCAACCUUGACAAUAUCGGGCGGCGCUACGCAUGGUUCAAGCGCACGCUCAAGACGCACGAGGAGGAACACGCUGCUAUCUUUCCGCCCCAUUGGCGAGUCGGUGAGACGCUAGGGAUGGCCUUUUGCGACGGCACGCGGGAAGACUUCAAGGGCAUUCUCGAAAAGAGCAUGCGCCGGAUCGACGGGGCCAAACUAGACGUCAACCUACUCCUCAGUUGUCUUCAGGAGACGAUGGAUUUUGAACAGAGCUUGGAGCGCCGGUUUGCGAGCGAACCGCGGGCGAGCAUCGACACCCUAAGCUCGGCCGACGACCGGAUACAGAGCUUCAACGGCUCCAUAUCCGUCGCUUUCGAGCCGUACCUGAGCCUAUGGGUCGAGUCGCAAGACAAAGCCCUGGCAUCCAUGAUUCCAAAAUACAAGACGCAGCCACUCAUACCAGCCGACGAGGAAUUCUCUCCUCAGGCCGUCAUCCCCUCCGCGAUCGAGCUGUUUCACUUUUACAAGCUCACGCUUUCACAAUGCGCCAAACUGUCUACUGGCGAGCGAUUGCUCGAUCUCAGUGGGACAUUGGCCAAGUACCUCGAUGAGUACGCCCAACAGGUCCUGGUCACGUUUAUACAACGCGGCGGGCCGCAGGGACCCCCUAUUCAGGAAGCCAUUCUCGUUCUAAACACGGCAGACUUCUGGCACACCAACACCAACCAACUAGAGGAGAGCAUAAAGAAGCGAAUCGACCCCGAUAUGGCAUCAAAGGUGGACCUCUCGUCGCAGUCCGACUCUUUUAUGGGAGUAGCCAGCGCAGCCGUCAUGGCCUUGGUAGCCAAGGUCGAGCUCGACUGCGAAAGCGCCUGGCGGGAGAUGAAGAACACCAAUUGGAGCCGCAUGGAGAGCGUCAGCGACCACAGCUCAUACGUCGGCGAGCUUCUCAAGCACGUAAAUGACAAGGCCCGAGAGAUCCUACCGCUCUUCAUCAAGCAGCAGUACGCCCGCGCCUUCUGCGACAACCUCGUCGAGCACCUCUCGGCAGCGUACAUCAACAACAUCGUCCAAUGCCGCCCCGUCUGCGAAGUCGGCGCCGAGCAGAUGCUGCUCGACAAAUACGUCCUGACCAAAUCCUUCGAGAACCUCCUCUCCUACCACAACCCAUCCACCACCACCACCACCACCACCGGCAUCACCUCCCCGUCCUCCCCCUCCUUCCCCACCCCACAGAACCCACCCCCGGCCGGCUUCAUCAAGCGGGUCAACCAGUCCAUGACGCGCAUCGACCCGCUGCUCAAGACCCUGCAGGUCCGCCCCUCCCCGCCCGAGGGCCUCGUGCAGGCCUACCUGAUCCACAUCGGCGACCGCUCCGACACCAACUUCCGCAAGAUCCUCGACCUCAAGGGCGUGCGCAAGCCCGACCAGCCCCUCCUCAUGGAGCUGUUCGCCAUCCACCGCGAGGGCCACGCGGCCGCCCCCGCCGCGGGCGCGCCCCCGCUGGUCCAGAACUCCCCGCUGCUGACCUCGCUCAUGGCCCCCGGUUCGUCCUCGUCGGCGGCGGGGGGCGCGCUGGGUGCUGGCGGCGCUGGGAUGGGCGGUGGGAAUAGCGGCGGGGCGGCCAGCGCGGGGUUGCAGGGCCGGUUUGAUGCCGCGUCGCUGGGGGAGAAGUUGCUGAAUGCGGCGAGGGAUGGGGUCGAGAGGAUGGGGACAGCGCCGGGGGCCGGCGGUGUGGGUGUGGGUGCGCAGGAGAAGGCGACGAUUAAUGAGAAUUUGAAGAAUAUUGGCAUGUUCUUUAAGCGGGAUAUUGGCGGGUUGGGGGCGAGGUUUGGGAAGAGGGAUAUCACGCCCACUGGGGGGUUGGAUGGGUGAUUGGAUUUGGGUGGGGUUGUUUCAGCGGGUGCUGGGUAGCUUUGCGCUUGGGAGGGCUGCGUUGGAGCGGGCGGCUUUGGAUUAAGUACCUACUUGGCUGAAGCUGGAAAUAUAGACCGUAGAUGGACACUCGGGAGGGGGUGGUGCUGUUACAAUUCAGGGUGCAUACACAACCUGUUUCGGUUGCAACGAAGCAGGCGCCUACCUUCAUUCCCCAUCGCGUCACUAAGCACUAAUCUUGGCUAUCCGAGAGUUAGUCUGUCAUGAUGCCUCAAAAUCCACACCG